AUGCUGUUUGGUGUUCGACUGGCAAAUGACAUCUACCCCCCCUGGAAGGAUUCGUACAUCAGGUACGACCAUCUGAAGGAUCUCUUGAAGGAGGAUAUUGUUGUAAGAGACAGGGAUGCGUUGAAAAAGGAGGAGAAGAGCAUUGCUGAUGCGCGUGGCUGGACCGAUAAGGACGAAUCGCGCUUUGUGGAGGCGUUAGAUAGCGAGUUGCAGAAAGUUUAUACGUUCCAGCUGAACAAGUAUAACACGUUGAUGGAGAAAUUGAACCAGCUCGAAAAGCAGACGGAUACGGAGGAGAAGAUCAAGACACUGAACUCUGACGCGUUCCAGCGUAUCUUGGAGGACUCUCUAACGGAGGCUAAAGAAUUGGACAACUUUUCGCGGUUGAACUUCACCGGGUUCGUAAAGAUCGUCAAGAAACACGAUAAGUUACAUCCGAAGUACCCAUCAGUCAGAUCUCUGUUGGAGGUACGGCUGAAGGAGCUGCCCUUCCACUCGGAAGAGUAUUCGCCCUUGCUAUACCGCAUUUCUUUACUGUACAACAUACUGAGGGGCAAUUUCAGCACGGUUUCCAAGUCUCUUGCUUCUGCCUCUAAGCUGUCCAAUUUUGGAUCAGCGGAUGGCGGCGAUAUGGAAUUCACAAGCUUCAAGUUUUGGAUCCACGAGGAUAACUUGAUGGAGGUCAAAACAAUAAUCUUGCGGCACUUGCCUGUGUUGGUGUACGCGGCAGCCCCAACCGAAAACAGCAAUAUGGUCGACAAGUUUGAGUCGGAUCUGCUGGAUGACGACGAGCAUGCGCGGUCUUCGAACUCAAGCACAGGGAAUAUCAGUGAGAGAGGCUUGCAGCACAAAUCGCUGGACCCAACUAUCACAAACCUGUAUUUUGACAACGAGUAUUUUGAACUGUACAACAAUAAGCUGCUGAAGAACAGCGCAGCUCCCACUCUCAGAUUGCGCUGGAUAGGUAAGCUUUCGGAAAGACCGGAUAUAUUUUUGGAGAAGAGGAUGGUGGUCGAAACCGAUGACGGCAAGAAGGACUUCGACGAAACAAGGGUCAAGAUGAAGCAGAAAUUCUUGAACGGGUUUAUCUUCAACGGAGAUACCAAGUACAAGGAGCAGAUGUUGAAGAAAUUGAAGGGCAGCGGGACUGUUGCAUCUGAGUUGGAUCGCUUGGGCAACGACUUUGAUGAGCUGCAACGAUUCAUUAUGCAAGAGGAGUUACAACCCGUGUUGAGGACCAUCUAUACAAGAACCGCGUUUCAGAUACCGGGUGAUGAUAGAAUUAGGAUCACCAUUGACUCCGACAUCCUAUACGUGAGGGAAGAUUCUUUCGAUAAGUCGAGACCAAUUAGGGAUCCGAAAAACUGGCAUAGAACCGAUAUCGAUUCGGAUGUUGCCAAUCCGCUGAAGUUUUUGCGAACCGGUGAAUAUGCAAAGUUCCCAUUCUCUGUGAUGGAAAUCAAGGUGAAGAAUUCGAACGUCUCUCAGACACAAACCGGCAAUUCUGUAUCCGCCCUUAAAUUGGCUGGCAAAAAUGCUCAAUGGAUUAGUGACCUGACGAAUUCACAUCUUGUGAAAGAAGUUCCGCGGUUCUCGUUGUAUAUCCAGGGUGUCGCCUCUUUGUUUAGUGAUGAUGAGAAGCUGGAUGUCCUGCCGUUCUGGUUACCGGAUCUUGAGAAUGAUAUCAGACAAAACCCUUCCCAAGCUUAUGAUGAGGAAAAGAAAAAAAUGAAGAGACAGAAGGAAAUUCAAGCAAAAAUUGAUGGGAUGCGUAGGCUAUCAAAGAUCCAAAUGCCCAGUUCGCCUUCCCAUUUCCCUCAGGGAGAAAUUGGUCAUAGGUCGGAUACAAACGCUGACCUUGAGGACCAUGAAUCAUCCGAUGAGGAAUCUGCCGAGGCCCAAAGCACAACUAGGUCAAAAAUGCGGACAAGAAAAAGAAAGGAACCUACCUUCUUGAAAAUUCUAGUUGGAAGAGAUUCAAAGCUAAUUGGUGUUGAUUCAGAGGAUGAAGAGAUUGAUCUUCCCUCUGGUGUGAAAAGACCGGAAACGCUAUUGAAGAACGCUGGACCCAUUAAAGUGGAAACCAAGGUUUGGUUGGCAAAUGAACGGACUUUUAACAGAUGGUUACGGGUCACCACAUUGUUGAGUGUUUUGACAUUUUCCAUCUACAACUCUGUUAAAAAGGCGGCCUUCCCUGGUCUGGCUAAUACUUUGGCGUUCAUUUAUUUCGCGUUGACAUUAUUUUGUGGUAUAUGGUCGUACGUUGUUUAUCUCAAAAGAUUGAACGUCAUCAAGCAAAGAAGCGGUCAACAUUUGGACGCACCAUUAGGACCGAUUAUUGUUGCAUUAGUCCUUAUAGUUUCGCUCGUUAUCAAUUUUGUGGUUGCCUUUAGAGAAGCAGCCUUGAAGGGCUCAUUUAAUACAGCCGUUGCUGGUAACCGUCCGGAUGAUAAUAUCCCACAGAAACUGGUACGGAUCCAGAGUCUAAUUUACAAGCUUGUAGGCGCAGAGAGUUGA